GCGGUGCUGUGAGUGCGCUUUCAAAAUGACAGAGAUGUCGGCAAUGAGCAGGAAAAUCAUUCAAAACCUCGCUGAAACGCUGUCUAAACAAGUAAAACACUUUAAUAAAACAGAGGCAGAGUGCCUCAUUCGACUCUUCAACGGUCUGCUGGGAGAGCAGACUGACAGGCGAGUGGGGCUUGGCCUGGACCGAGGCAAAUUCCGAAAUAUCCUGCACAACACAUUUGGACUGACAGAUGACAUGAUUAUGGACAGAGUCUUCCGUGCCUUCGACAAGGACAAUGACAGCUACAUCAGUGUUAAGGAGUGGGUAGAAGGACUGGCCAUCUUCCUUCGAGGAACUUUGGAUGAAAAAAUCAAAUACUGUUUUGACGUGUACGACCUGAAUGGAGAUGGGUACAUUUCAAGGGAGGAAAUGUUUCACAUGCUGAAGAACAGCCUGAUCAGACAGCCGACCGAGGAAGACCCUGAUGAGGGGAUUAAGGACCUUGUGGAAAUAACUCUGAAGAAAAUGGAUUAUGACCACGACAGCAGACUUUCAUAUGCUGACUUUGAGAAGGCUGUGAGGGAUGAAAACCUGUUACUAGAGGCUUUCGGAGCCUGUCUUCCUGAUGCAAAGAGUAUUCUGGCAUUUGAGCAACAUGCAUUCCAGGAGCCUCAGGAGCGCUGAAUCACUCAAAUAACAAAAGGAGAAAACUGUUAUUUUGUAACAAACCAACGCUCCAGUAUAAUAAUA